UGCUCGAUGUUUGCAAUGUUUGUCGGGCCACCGUGGCUGAUGCGCCCACAACAGACCCGGGAAGGACAACUGGAGAUCUGGCGGACAAGCUGGACUAUCUACUACCACCGUCGAGCAUCCAGAAGUCCUCGGGGUGUUGCUUGCAGUCUGACCAUUGGAUGCGACUGGUCCGUGAUUCAUUCUUCAUAUACUACUUAUUCUUCUGCGUCUGGCCGCGAAUGAUGAAGGCGCGGUAGUCUCGUUAUUACACCGCCCGCUCUUACUUACUAUCCGCCCUUAUUGAUCCCCGGAGUCUCAACCUCGCGGGUGUCAGUUCACACUCCCUUUCGCGCUCUACUUACGCCACCCCCCGGUUCUGAGCCGCUGUGAACUCAGCAGGCAGUCACAAUGAGUUACGUUAAGAAGGACGAGGAUGCAGAUCAGGUCAUGAUCAAGCUAGAUCGGACCUCUGUAUUCCAGGAUGCACGAUUGUUCAAUUCCUCUCCCAUAUCGCCGCGAAAAUGCCGCACUCUAUUAACGAAGAUCGGUGUCCUCUUGUUCACCGGGGAGCAAUUCUCCGUGAACGAGGCCACGACGCUCUUUUUCGGUAUCUCGAAGCUAUUUCAGAAUAAGGACCCCUCCUUGCGACAGAUGGUGUACUUGAUCCUGAAGGAAUUGGCGAAUACCGCGGAAGAUGUGAUCAUGUCAACGAGUAUUAUCAUGAAGGACACCGCAGUGGGCAGUGAUGUGCUCUACCGCGCCAAUGCCAUCAGAGCGCUCUGUCGCAUCAUCGACGCUACGACCGUCCAAGGCAUUGAGAGACUUAUUAAGACUGCCAUUGUCGACAAGAAUCCUUCCGUCUCGUCAGCAGCCCUGGUCUCCUCCUACCACCUUCUCCCGAUUGCUCGCGACGUGGUCCGAAGAUGGCAGAGCGAAACACAAGAAGCGGCUUCGUCGUCCAAGCAGUCAACCGGUUUCCUCGGAUUCGGAGGUGGCGGGGCCUCUCACGCGAUUUCCCAGGCGAACUACAUGACCCAAUACCAUGCCAUUGGUCUCCUGUACCAGAUGCGAGCGCACGACCGGAUGGCCUUGGUGAAGAUGGUUCAGCAAUAUGGUGGGGCUGGCGCGGUGAAGAGUCCCGCGGCUGUUGUGCUGCUCGUACGACUGGCUGCGAAGUUGGCUGAGGAGGACCCAAGUCUGAGGAAGCCCAUGGUGCAGAUGCUGGACGGCUGGCUGCGACACAAGCACGAGAUGGUCAACUUCGAGGCUGCCAAGGCUAUCUGCGAUCUCAGAGAUGUCACGGACGCGGAGGCCUCCCAAGCCGUCCAUGUCCUCCAGCUCUUCCUUUCUUCGCCUCGGAACAUCACCAAGUUCGCUGCCAUCCGUAUCCUCCACAACUUUGCCUCUUUCAAGCCGCAUGUUGUGAACCAAUGUAACCCCGAUAUCGAAGCGCUCAUCUCCAGCAGCAACCGUUCGAUAGCCACCUUUGCGAUUACCACGCUUCUUAAGACCGGCAAUGAAGCUAGUGUAGACCGCCUGAUGAAGCAAAUCUCUGGCUUCAUGGCUGAUACUACGGACGAAUUCAAGAUUACAAUUGUUGAGGCUAUUCGAACGCUGUGCCUCAAGUUCCCCAGCAAGCAGGCUGGCAUGCUGUCCUUCCUGAGCGGUAUUCUCCGGGACGAGGGUGGUUAUGAAUUCAAGAGAAGUGUGGUUGAGAGCAUGUUCGAUCUUAUUAAAUUCGUUCCUGAAAGCAAGGAAGAUGCUCUCACUCACCUGUGCGAGUUUAUCGAGGACUGUGAGUUCACCAAGCUCUCCGUCAGAAUCCUGCACCUUCUCGGUGUGGAGGGCCCCAAGACGUCUCACCCCACCAAGUAUAUCCGGUAUAUCUAUAACAGGGUGGUUCUGGAAAACGCUCUGGUUCGGGCUGCCGCCGUUACAGCGCUCGCCAAGUUUGGCGUUGGACAGAAGGACCCUGAGGUCAAGAGAAGCGUGUCUGUCCUUCUUACGAGAUGUUUGGAUGAUACCGAUGAUGAGGUCCGUGAUCGUGCUGCGCUCAACCUCAGGUUGAUGAGCGAGGAGGAUGAAAUCGCGGAGAAAUUUAUCAAGAACGACUCUAUGUACUCCCUGUCUACUUUCGAGCACCAGCUGGUCAUGUAUGUGACUGCAACGGAUAAGGAAACGUUCGCCAAGGCAUUCGAUCUAGCCACGAUCCCGGUCGUGUCGCACGAGCAGGCCCUGGCAGAAGAAAGGACGAAGAAGCUCACGACCGCGACCCCUACCCUCAAGGCUCCCUCCGCUGGUCCCCCGAAGAAGGCCCAGGGUGCCGUCGACGGAGCCGCCUCGGCGGCCGCAGCGACUCAGAAGUACGCGGAGCAACUCAUCCUCAUCCCAGAGCUCAAGGAAUAUGGAACAUUGCUCAAGUCGUCUUCUCCCGUCGAGCUUACCGAGAGCGAGACCGAGUAUGUUGUCAGCGCGGUCAAGCACAUCUUCAAGGAGCAUGUCGUCUUACAGUAUGACAUCAAGAACACCCUUCCUGACACUGUCUUGGAGGAUGUUUCAGUCGUCGCAACGCCAUCUGAGGAAGACGAGGUGUUGGAGGAGGACUUCAUUGUUCCUCUGCCGAAGCUCGCCACCAAUGAGCCAGGCGUCGUUUAUGUCGCAUUUAAGAAGCUGGGCGGCGAGCACAGCUUCCCCGUUACGUCCUUUACGAACGUUCUGAAGUUUACGAGCAAGGAAAUCGACCCAACCACCGGUGAACCGGAGGAGAGUGGAUAUGAAGACGAAUACCAGGUCGAAGACCUCGAGCUGACGGGCAGCGACUAUGUCAUCCCUGCCUUUGCUGGAAGCUUUGACCACGUGUGGGAGCAGACCGGUGCCAACGGAGAAGAGGCUAGUGAGACUCUACAACUGGGUAACGUCAAGGGAAUUUCUGAUGCUACCGAGCAGCUCAUCCAGACGCUGUCGCUGCAGCCACUCGAGGGAACCGAUGUGGCUCUUAGCAACACCACCCACACUCUCAAGCUUUACGGAAAGACCGUCUCGGGAGGCAGAGUUGCUGCCCUCGUCAAGAUGGCUUACUCUGCUAGAACUGGUGUCACGACCAAGGUCACCGUCAGGGCUGAAGAGGAGGGUGUUGCGGCCACUGUUGUCGCCUCUGUUGCUUAAAUUUGUUUGAAUAUUGGAGGGUCCUUUUGUCUCCCAUGUUUAUGGGUGAACUACACGAAACUCGGUUGAAAUAUGUGGUCCCUCGUGUCGAGAGGUUAUUUUUCCCCCUCGCUCGCGAUGAUGAUGUUCGAGAAAAAUUCUUAUCUGACUACGAGGGGUGUUUAUUGAAUGUGGACUUCAAUACUAGACAUCCCGCCCCGCGUGAUCUUAUUCCCUUCUGGUCCUCGUAAUGGUGAGCGCGGUGUGGUAGGAUCUGAUUUGCCGGUCCUCUGGUUCUCUGUUUUUCUGGUUUGUCGUUCCAGGAAAUGAGCAGGACUCUCAGCUCCUGCGGCCAUUUUGUCCUGGUUUAGCAAGAUAUCGCAGUAGAAAUCUAAGUGUUAUUAGGAUUACAAUCAUGUUUACAUUAACUGCUUCUAUAUUACUAUAUUAGAAAUGAAACUCUAUGUGCUCUCUAUACAGA